AAAUGAGGUGAACUGUCGAUCCAUUCGAGUGUUUGCUAAUUGGACGCCAUGUCACGUCAACUGUUCGCUCUAAUUUCGCUACUGCUCGUCGCUGCAGCCGCCCACGCCGGCAGUAUCUCUUAUGAGGAUUGCGGUUCAGCGUACUCUUUGAUUGAGGUUGACAUCGAAGGAUGUGACGACGGCUUCGAGUCAACUUGCGACCUGAUGGUGGGAAAAAAUGCAAGCGUCACCUUCCGCUUCCAUUCAGAUUCCAGUGCGAAUUCACUCAACCCGGACGUCACCCUCACCACCUUCGGAUUAAGCCGCGGAGUUGACGUGUGGCCCAGAAACUGUGAUGCUCUGAUGUUCACGACGUGUCCGAUCGGUGGCGGUCAGACUCACGUUUACACGGCACAACUCUUCAUUGACACCGAUGCGACCCUUGCUCAAAGUAUUCUGACUUGGAAGCUUUACAACGAGGGCACAUUGUUGAUUUGCAUGAGGGCAAAUGUAGUAGUAAUCGGUCCAAUACCAGUUGCAGCGGUUCCAUAGACAGCACAGCUAUAAUUUGGGGGGUCAAUGAUCUGAAAUUCUUUUUUAAUGUUAAGAUUUCGGCUAGAAUAAAACAUGAAAUGUGCAGAAAUGACGGUCAA